AAGUGACAUCUUGCUUACUACGUUGCAUGUAAUCACUGAUUGGCCAAUCAGUGAUCACAUGAUCGGGACCUCGUUCAGAGGUCCCGUCCGACGAUCGGUGUUUCACUGUGUCCGGAGGACACAGCGGGCAUCGGAUCGCGGUGCUGCGCGCUCCCAGGGAGCACGCACAGCUAGAAAUGGCGGAAUAAAUUAUUAUUCCUCCUAGCAGAAUGCCAUAAUACCCAUGCAAAAACAUGUCUUUUUUGUAGCUUUUUUUUUUUUGCUGCUUUUAAAAUUAAAAGGA